AUGUCCGACGCAGACGUGGAAAUGCUGGUCGAAAGCGCAAAGAAGCUAUCUCUGGUUGACAUCUUCGCCGUGCGAACAUCUACAGUGAGCUCCCCCUUUAAUCUGCUGUUGGUUCCUGUCCUUGUGAGGCAGGGGUUCAUCUUCUGCUUGCCCAACUCUCCCUCAACUGUGUUCACGGUCCAAUCACUGCGGGCAUAUCAUGUGCUGAAGAUGCGGACACCUCAGGUGUCCACACAGAGCUACGUGAGGUCCCUCUGUGAUUUGCACAGGGUUGUGUUCAACACCCACCUGGCUCGUCAGUUUGUCCAGGUGUUCAACAUGUAUAUUCAAAUCAAGCACAAGGUGGCAGGCUUUGUUCGGGAGGCCCUGCGAUGUGACAUGCCGGACUGGCACUUGGCGCAUGUUUGUCCCUGCUGCAUGUAUCACCUUACUGAUGAACCUGAGCUCAAGUACUCAAUGUUUUAUACAAUGGACGGGAACGACUCUCUCAAAUGCGCAUAUAAAUGCUUGCAAGACAUAUCUGAGGGGGCAGGGGCAUCAUCCAAGUUGCCGUCACUGCUCAAGGUCCCUCCAGACAGAUAUCUCAAUUGUGAGACAGUCAACAAGUGGGCAAACAACUGGCUAGAUGCUCUCAUCAGCGACGAGGGAAUGGAAGACAAUCCAUGCGCUGGGCGCUGGAAGAAUAUGAAGGACAAUAUUGCAAAGAAGAUGUGGGCUGUAUUCAACGAGACUGGUAUCUUCCUCGCUGUCUGUAGACACGGCUUCUUGCUUCUUGUUGCCGACAUGGUGAGGAGCAGAGAACUCUAA